GCCAUGUUAGCCAUGUAGUUUUAUGUAUAUUCACAAAGCAAAUUGUGUAUAUUGCUGAGUCAGCAGGCUUAUGCUGUUGCGGCCUGGCGAGUGACUUGUCGCUGCCUGCCAAACAAAGCCAUCGGAUUUAGUUCACAGUAAGAAUGGCGUAUGCGAUAACCAGGACAACAAUGUCGGCUCUUUCAUACCUGGUACACUGACAUAAUGGCUUUUCAAUCUCAGAUGGACAUCACGUUUGAUGCAAACAACUGUUGCGCUCUUUAAACCCCUCAUAAGAUUAGACUUGGAUCUUACGCUCUAAACUUUUGGGCGUCCCUCAUGAAAAUUACACUCUGUACUAUCUCUUAUUGGCACUACGUGGAUUGGCCUGUUCCUGACCGGUUCCUGACCGGUUCCUGACCAAAUACAACUUAACUUUGAAGCAUCUUAUUACCCGUCCAGACUGAGGCCCAAAAGAAAAACAUGGCACAUUCGUCUCCUUUCACGGAGGUCCCAAUGUCCCAACAAACAGAUUCUCCGUAUGUUCGGACCCAGCAAUAUACACGAGGCGCUGGCAGACUCCUCCAACAACCAGCCGUCCCAAUGCAAGCCGAAUGGAGUCUCCCCCAACUAGACCCCGUUACCUCUGAUACUCAUAUCUUCCCUGAAGGAGAAUUCGUCCCACAGGGGUUCUUUGAAAAAAUCGGCCCAGAGUGGUUCGUUCCCGAACCAGAACAAAAGGAAUGGAAGUACUACAUGCGCAGAGAGGCCCAAAAGAUUUUACCAUUUCUCUACCUGGGUCAAUAUGCCUCCGUGAAAGACAGGCACUGGCUCAAGCGCCAAGGUUUCACUUUACUUUUGGCUAUUCGAAACGAACGGUUUCUACACAUCUGUGGCAAGAAUGCAGCUGCCGAGCUGGGAAUUGAAGCUGCGACUUUUGCCGUCCCGCAGAUUCAGGAUUUUGUAUCCAUUGGGCCUCAUGUGAUUCGAACCAUCAAUGAGCAUAUCUCAUCUUCGCAUACUCCAGUAUCCGACGAAUGGCCCUACAAGAAAGUUUUUGUAUUUUGCGAGACUGGAAACGGUUAUUCAGGCUUAGCACUAGUAGCGUACCUGAUGGUAAUGCUAAACUUGAAGCUGCACCACGCCUUAGCUGCGGUUCAUAUGCAGCGACUGUCAGUUGAAGCCGAUGAACCAUCGAGACAAAUGCUAGCUUCACUGGAAUCGAUCGUUAUUGCCAAAAGGAACGUUGAGGAGGUCAGACGAGCAGCCACAGAAGGCACAAGCUUGAUGGUUCCUCCCCAGACUGUAUGCAAAAAGAGGAGUUUUAUACAUCGAGAUGAGGACGAGGCUAUGGAAGACAUCAUGGAUAUGGGCGCAGAUGAAGAUGCAGCCUCUGAUAGAAAGCCUGUGGCUCCAUUCCAGGACCGUUGACAAUGAAUCGACUGGAACAGAAUAUUUGUUUUUCUUAUGAUGAUUUGGUUUGGAAUGGUAUUGGUCAUCAUAGAAUUCGUGAGGAUGACGUUGAUUAAACACCACUUCCUCUUUAACAAUCUGCUGUUGCACCUCCUUUUUUUAUUUCUUUGUACAUUACAAGUUCAAUGAUCCUUAAGGGUACUGAUCUUCAAUCACCUGAGGUGACUUACAAACUACUGAACAAUCAGCAUUUUCU